GACAAAAGACCAAAUUUUAGCCACAGUCAGGCUCAGCUAACAUAUCUGUCUCUUGGGUUAACUCGUUGAUGCUAACUUUGAAACAAAUGCAGUCUGUGGUAAAACAAAACCUCCAUUCGGAGUGCGAAGGAGACAUCAACAAGCUCAUCAACCUGAAGCUCAAUGCAUCCUACACCUACCUUGCUCUGGGGAUGUAUUUUGACAGGGAUAAUGUUGCCUUGCCAAAAUUUUUCCUGGAGCGUUCAGUGAAGGAGAGAGAGCAGACUGAGAAGCUGCUGGAAUAUCAGAACAUGAGAGGAGGCCGAAUUUUGCUUCAGACUAUUGCUAAACCAAGUAGAGAGGAUUGGAGAGGUGGACUGGAUGCGAUGUCGUUUUCCCUGGACUACCAGAAGUCCUUAAACACAUGUAUCCUUGAUGUGCACCGCAGAGCUGGCAGCCACUCUGACCCUCAUCUGUGUGACUUCCUCGAGCAGAACUUCCUCAUCGACAGCCACGACACCAUCAAGAAGCUGGGCGAUUACGUCGGCAGUCUGACCCGCAUCACUGCGUCAGAGACCCAGGGUCCAAUGGGAGAAUACCUCUUUGAUAAACACACUCUGUAAACAUUACAGCAGUACAGUGAAUAAGCUCCACAUUUAAAUAGAAUAAGCUCCACAUCUCAAUAGAUCCAUAGAGUCAAAGAGGGCAUCAGCCCCUCCCUUAAGGAAAACUAUACAAUAUUUUCACAGAUUACCCCAAACUUCAUUCUUGUACCAAUGGCACAAGAGAAGUACAAAAAAGAAAAAAAACAAACAGAAAAUACCUCAGUUGUUCUUGUAUACCACAUUGGAAAAAUAGUGUUCUCACAACUAUGGUGCUAAAAAUUUUCCUACUGCGUUAAAAUGAAUCACUUGUUCAUUUACA